AUGCACACACCACCCGCACUCCCUCGCCGUUUCCAAGGCGGCGGCCGCGCUCGCACCCCAGGGUCUCACCGGCAAGGGAAGGAUAAUCUGGAGAGGUAUCCCUCAGGAGGGUGUGUUCUGGAUUUCUUGCCUCAGGCCCAAGACUCCAACCAUUUUAUAAUGGAAUCUUUAUUUUGUGAAAAUCCCGAACCUUGUAGCGGGGACUCGUCUCUGGAGGAGUUCCUUGGGGCCCCAGUGGGGCCCUCUGUGAGCACCCCCAACAGCCAGCACUCUUCUCCUAGCCGCUCACUCAGUGCCAACUCCAUCAAGGUGGAGAUGUACAGUGAUGAGGAGUCGAGUAGACUGCUGGGGCCAGAUGAGCGGCUCCUGGAAAAAGACGACAGUGUGAUUGUGGAAGACUCAUUGUCCGAGCCCCUGGGUUACUGUGAUGGGAGUGGCCCAGAGCCUCACUCCCCUGGUGGCAUCCGGCUGCCCAAUGGCAAGCUCAAGUGUGAUGUCUGCGGCAUGGUCUGUAUUGGACCCAACGUGCUCAUGGUGCACAAGCACAGCCACACGGGUGAAAGGCCCUUCCACUGCAACCAGUGUGGUGCCUCCUUUACCCAGAAGGGGAACCUGCUGCGCCACAUCAAGCUGCACUCUGGGGAGAAGCCCUUCAAAUGCCCUUUUUGCAACUACGCCUGUCGCCGGCGUGAUGCACUCACUGGCCACCUCCGCACACACUCAGUCUCCUCUCCCACAGUGGGCAAGUCCUACAAGUGUAACUACUGUGGCCGGAGCUACAAACAGCAGAGUACCCUGGAGGAGCACAAGGAGCGGUGCCACAACUACCUACAGAGUCUCAGCACUGAAGCCCAAGCUCUGGCUGGCCAACCAGGUGAUGAGAUACGUGACCUGGAGAUGGUGCCAGAUUCCAUGCUGCAUUCAUCCUCUGAGCGGCCAACUUUCAUUGAUCGCCUGGCCAACAGUCUCACCAAACGCAAGCGUUCUACCCCUCAGAAAUUUGUAAUGCAGCCCCUCCCCAGUCGACUGGAGCUUCCAGGGUCUCGAGAAGCAGGUGAGGGACCCGAGGACCUGGCUGAUGGAGGCCCCCUCCUCUACCGGGCCCGAGGCCCCCUGACUGACCCUGGGGCAUCCCCCAGCAAUGGCUGCCAGGACUCCACAGAUACAGAGAGCAACCACGAAGAUCGGGUUGGGGGGGUAGUAUCCCUUCCUCAGGGUCCCCCACCCCAGCCACCUCCCACCAUUGUGGUGGGCCGGCCCAGUCCUACCUACGCCAAAGAGGACCCCAAGCCACAGGAGGGCUUACCACGGGGCACCCCAGGUCCCUCCAAGGAAGUGCUUCGGGUGGUGGGUGAGAGUGGUGAGCCCGUGAAGGCCUCCAAGUGUGAGCAUUGCCGCAUCCUCUUCCUGGACCACGUCAUGUUCACUAUCCACAUGGGCUGCCAUGGCUUCAGAGACCCUUUUGAGUGCAACAUCUGUGGUUACCACAGCCAGGACCAGUACGAGUUCUCUUCCCAUAUUGUCCGGGGGGAACAUAAGGUGGGCUAGCGACCUCUCCUCCUCUCAGUCCACCACUCCGCUUACAUACAGGUGUCUAGCCCUGCCCUCACCAUAUCCCAAGGAGUUUUGCUUUGUAGCCCUCACCACUGGCUACCUGACUUCACACCUGACCCUGACCC